AUGGCCGAGAAGCCCGCCGUGCUCAUAGUGGGGGGAUUGGGCUACAUUGGACGAUUCCUAGCGCUGUAUAUUCAGAAGAAUAACCUGGCUUCCGAGGUGCGGAUUGUGGAUAAGACGCUGCCCCAGCUGGCAUGGCUGGCUCCAGAGUUCGACGAGGCCUGCUCGAACGACAAAUUUAUGCAGGCAGAUGCAAGCAAAGAGCAAUCUCUCACACGCAUCUUCGAUCGCUCAAACGGAAAGCAAUGGGACUACAUAUUCAAUUGCGGCGGGGAAACGAGGAAUUCGCAAGACGACGAGGUAUAUAAGGUACGCUCGCUUGCUCUGAGCGUGGCCCUGGGGAAGGAAGCCGCACAGAGAGGCGUGAAGGCUUUCGUGGAGUUAAGUACGGGCAUGGUAUACAAAUCGGAUUCGCAACCGAGCAAAGAAGGGGACAAAUUAAAGCCAUGGAGCAAGAUCGCCGUGUUCAAACUGCAAGCCGAGGAGCAACUUGCGAAAAUCGAGGGGCUUAAUCUCAUUAUCGUCCGCCUCGCCCAUGUAUAUGGCGACUAUGCCUCCCAAUUUGUUGCAACAGCCUUGUCGAUGGCCCGCGUUUACCAAGACCUGGAGGAGGAGAUGAAAUGGCUUUGGACGAAGGACCUUCGUGUAAAUACGGUCCAUAUAUCGGAUGUCGUCCGCGCCUUAUGGGACACCGCGAACUGGUACGCAGUCAAGCAAAAACCCAACUGGGACGACAAGGCUAUGGGAGCAACCCCUAUAUUCAACAUUGUCGACCAAGGGCAAACCUCCCAAGGGACCAUGGCGGAAAUUAUCGGCCAAUUAUUCGGCAUCAAGACUGGCUUUCAAGGACAGUUGAUCAGCACAUUUGCAAGGCUCAACAUGGAUAGUGUGGUGGAUGAUGUGAACGACGACCUCCUAGGACCUUGGGCCGAUUUACUCCAAGAUGCCGGCAUCACACGGCCAGGGCCCUUGACUCCAUUCAUGGAGAAGGAGCUCCUGAAAGAUACAGAUCUCAGCAUGGAUGGCAGCAGGCUGGAGACAGUUGUCGGCUUCAAAUACGAGAAACCUCACAUCACGAAAGAAUUGGUACAGGAAAUGAUCGAUAGCUACACGAGGAUUGGGUGGUGGCCGGUGAAGAAGUAG